CCGGGAGCAGCAAUGCGACCUGCGAGAGCCUGAAUCUAUGUGGUACUCUGGUGGCUGGCAAUGACUGAGGUGAUGCUUGUCUCAUCAUGGAGCCGGUUCCAGAAGCACUGCAACAGGCGACAGUGAAUCCUUCAGUCAAGGAGAAUUUCACCGACAAGAUAUGCUCUACCGUCCAGAAAGCAAAUCUUCAUUGCCCAGCGCACGCUCACAUUGCCCGUUCCAAGACCCUUAUACUUGAUCUGAAUAAGCCCAUGCUGCAUGCGGCCAACAGCACUGUGCAACGCGCGGGAACUCUACAACUGUAUGCUGAACAGAUUGAGGCACUUUAUGCAAGUGAAUAAUUGCCAACUCCGCCUGCUGGGGUAUUCACUCGUGAGUCUGUUGCUUCCGCCCCGCGGUCGAUAGUGG